GCGACGCACGCGUGGCAGGCAGGGGCGGGGACAUGGCGUCAUCAACGUGCGACCUCUUUCCCGGAGCCGGUCGUCCACGGUAUUGAGUUGGUGGAAAUGGCAGGUGAAGAAAUGAAUGAGGACUAUCCCGUGGAGAUCCAUGAGUCCCUGUCGGCCCUGGAAAGCUCCCUGGGUGCUGUGGACGACAUGCUGAAGACCAUGAUGUCCGUCUCUAGGAACGAGUUGUUGCAGAAGUUGGACCCACUUGAGCAAGCCAAGGUGGACUUAGUUUCUGCAUACACAUUAAAUUCAAUGUUUUGGGUUUAUUUGGCAACUCAAGGAGUUAAUCCUAAGGAGCAUCCGGUGAAGCAAGAAUUGGAAAGAAUCAGAGUCUACAUGAACAGAGUCAAGGAAAUAACAGACAAGAAAAAGGCUGCCAAGCUGGACAGGGGUGCUGCCUCAAGAUUUGUCAAAAACGCACUCUGGGAACCGAAACAGAAAAAUACACCAAACGUUGCUAAUAAAGGGAAAAGUAAACAUUGACUUUCUGGUUUUGAUGUACAUAUUUUCAAAAAGUACAUCGUUUUUAUCAGCUUACGAAAUAGGUAGUUAUGUGGCAAUGUGAGGUUUAAAUGGAUUCCUUUUUGAAUUCAUAUGUAAAUUUACACAUUAAAUUUGUGAUACUGAAUUUUUUUUGCUGAGAAAGAUUAAGUUGUCUUUAUUGAUUUUCAUAUGAGGUAUCAUGAUGUUUUUAAUAUUGUAAGAUAUUCUAUAAGCAAUUGUGAAAUCCAAAUGUUCUUUGUAAACAUUUGUGGUGUUUUAAAUGAAUAAUGAUAUUAUGAAGUGUGCUGUCUCUAGACUGGAGAUCUAAGGACAUCUGUUUUCACUAAUGGUGAUAAAUACAGUGACUUAAAUACCCACGCUGUUUUCUGUGUAGUUAGUUCAACAUGUUUCUGUGUUUUUUUUUUUUUUUGGCAGUAAUUGCUUUCUUAAUAUUCAAAGUACAAAAUUGAAACCUUAAGGCUGUACUUUAACUCUUCACGUUCCAUUUAAAUAAAAUAUUCUCAUUACCACU